AUAACGAGAUUGUCAAACAAGAAAAAUUACUACUUCUCCACCUCAGAGCUGUCUUGGAAGCAAGCGAAUGAUUUCUGCAAGAAGCACGCCAUGCACUUAGCUUCUCCAAAGACGCAAUCUGAAUUGACUCUUUUGUUCCAGAAAGUGAAGCAAUUUUUGAAUGGAGAAAAGGAAUGGUGGGUGUCUGCGUCGGACGUUGGAAGCAGGGCUGGCGAUUUCAAAUGGCAUGACAGCCAAGCUCUUCCUAAGGACAGCGCCUUGUGGAACAAGGAAAGGAGAGAGCCCAACUCUUUUGGUCAGGGCGGCGAAGCGUGUGCACACAUUGCUCCCUAUUACAAGGACAGACUUAUGGAUGAAAGAUGCUCGGAAGUUUCUAAUUUCAUCUGCGAGCAGCCUGCCAACUCGGUUUGCUAAAAGUCUGGAAAGUGUUUCUAACAAUAAGUGAAAAUAAAAAUUUGAAGUUAAUAAACACAAAAAUUAAAUGAUUUUUAUCUGUUA